CAUCCUCCUGCCUCAGUCUCCUAGAGUGUUGGGAUUACAAGGGUAUGCUUCCACUCCCAGGUAAAAAAUUUUUAUCUCAUCCCUCUUCCUCUUUUUUGAAUUGUUUUGAGAAAGGGUCUCACUGUGUAGUCCAGACUGGCCUUGAACUCACAGUGAUCCUCCUGACUCAGCCUCUCAAGUGCUGGGAUUAUAGGCGUGCGCCGCCACGCCCAGCCUGAUUUCCUCUUCAGUGCCGUCAGAAUUUAAGAGGAACUCUCAGCCCACUGGCAGAGGUGUACAGCCGCCGCCACAGGAGGAGGCCUCACUUCGGCCCGUUGCUGGGGCCUCCCUCAUUCUGAACACCCUUCUGUGACCUCACCCCCAACACUGGUUCUACCUGCCUCUUGGUGAUUUCCUCAGUGGAAGAUCCCAUCUUGGCUGCCGUGGGUCAGAGCCCCCAGGAGCACAAGUCCUGCACAGAAUCAGCUUUGGGGUGGCCUUAGGACCACACUCCGCCGAGCACCUGUCCGGCUCGACCCCAGGCUCCGUACGACAAACAUUUGCGCCCCCGUUUCCGUUGCCUCUGAGGUGCUUCAGCAACUGCUGUGAGGGGCCCUCCGCUGCUGAGCCGUAGCGUCCCUUGCAGGAGCUGGCGCGGGCUCCGUGUCCCAGACCAUGGCUAGCACAGCCCCUUCUGACCUGAAGCUCCCCCAGCGGAUGGGCCCCGUCCCUGAGGAAACCCACAGGAGCCCCGCAGGGGAACAGCUGCACCUGCUGAGCAGCCUGGCCCCGGUACAGACCCUGGCCAGUGUCAUCCAGCCUUGCUACGGCCCCCACAGGCGGAAGAAGCUCCUGGUGACCGCUCAAGGGGACGUCGUGUGCACAGGCUCGGCUGCCGCCAUCCUCCGGGCCCUGCAGCUGGAGCACCCAGCUGCCCGGUUCGUCCGGGAAGCAGCCCAGGCCCAGGCCGAGAGCACUGGGGAUGGCACUGCCUUCGUGGUCCUGCUGGCAGAAGCCUUGCUGGAGCAGGCUGAGCCCCUGCUCAGAGCGGGCCUGGCCCGCACCCAGCUCCGGGAGGCCUACAGCACAGCUCUGGCAGAAGUCCUGGCCACGCUGCCUUCCUUGGCCAUCCGGGCCCUGGGGCCUUUGGAGGAUCCGUCCUGGGCCCUCUGCUCUGUGAUGAACACGCACAGCCUGGCCCACUCGGACCACCUGGCCAAGCUGGUGGCCCACGCGUGCUGGGCCAGCAAGGAGCCCAGCGGCAGCUUCAAGCCUGAGCGCAUUGGGGUGUGCACCCUGACGGGGGGCACGCUCUGGGACUCCUGCCUCCUCCCGGGGCUCGUCGUGGCCUCAAGGCCGUGUGGCCAAGUGACCGCAGUGCCAUCAGGGGCCAGGGUGGCCCUGUUCACCUGCUGCUUCGGUCCUGCCAGUCCCAGUGCCCCUGCAACUGCCCGUCUCUAUAGUCUCGAGGACCUCCUUACAUUCAAGACAGAAAGCCGUCGACUAAUAGAAAACCAGGUGGUCCAGCUGGCAGACGCGGAUGUCAACGUCGCCGUGGUGUGGGGAGACGUGGACGAGGAGGCCCUCGCCCUGGCCGACCAGCUAGGCAUCCUGGUGACUCAGGUUCAGUCUCGGAGGGAAAUCGUGUACCUCAGUGAGGUGCUGGACACCCCUCUCCUGACGAGCCUACUCCCCCCACUGAAGCUGGGGCAGUGCCGGAGGGUUCACACGCAGAAGCUGGGGGACCACGAGGCCAUGGUGUUUGAGUGGGAGCAGGAAGGCGCCCCUGUCCUCACCCUGGUCCUCCGAGGGGCGACAGCCGAGGUGCUGCGGGGCGCAGAGGAGGCCACCUACCACGGCAUCGAUGCCUAUGCCCAGCUCUGCCAGGAUCCCAGGCUGCUGCCAGGAGCCGGUUCCACGGAGAUGGCUCUGGCCAGGAUGCUGUCAGAAAAGGGGAGCAAACUGGACGGGCCCGAGGGCCCCGCCUUCCUGGCUUUCGCCCGAGCACUGAGAUCUCUCCCUAAAACCUUGGCAGAGAACGCAGGCUUGGCUGUCCCGGCCACGAUGGCAGAAAUGAAUGGCCUCCACCAAGCAGGGAACUUCCUGGUGGGAGUGGGAAGUGAAGGGUUACUAAAUGCUGCCCAGGAAGGGGUGUGGGACCCCCUCGUGGCCAAAGCCCAAGGGCUCCGUGCAGCAGCCGAGGUGGUGCUGACGCUGGUGACAGUGGAUGAGUUUGUAGUGGCCAAGGCGAGCUCCAUCCCCCAGCAGACCUUGGACCCCGACUCCGGGAAGGCAAUGGAAAGCCUGUCUCUACCCAAAAAAGAAAGCCUUAGGACGGAGAGGCAGCAACAUCCUCAAUAAACCAGGACUGCCAAGGAGGGCGCCUCCCCUCCCCACCCCGGAAAUGCAUGUUCACCUUAUUUGCUCCUUCAACUUCGUUGCUUGUA